GUGGCAGCAGAGAUAGCCGUAGGAGUGGCCCACCACACAAGGAACCCCUCGGAAUGAAGCGGCCUUUCAGGGCCAAGAGGGGCUGCAGUCUCCCCUCCUCUCCUUAAAUAGCCAGCCUUCCACCACAGCGGCACGGAGCCCACUGCCAGCACCCCCUAGCCACUGGCCGAAGCCCACCUGCCACCCCGUAGCCCUCCUGCCUUUGCACCUGGACCCAGCUGUGAGAGGCUUGUCCCCUGGCUCUGCUUCCGGCUGAAGCAUGAAUGGCCUGGAGGUGGCUUCCCCAGGUCUGACCACCAACUCCUCCCUGGUCAUCUCAGAACAAUGUGGCCAGGAGACGCCACUGGAGAACGUCCUCUUCGCCUCCUUCUACCUCCUGGAUUUCAUCCUGGCUUUUGUUGGCAAUGCCCUGGCCCUGUGGCUUUUCGUCAGGGACCACAAGUCAGGCACCCCCGCCAACGUAUUCUUGAUGCAUCUGGCUGUGGCCGACUUGUCCUGUGUGCUGGUCCUGCCCACCCGCCUCGUCUACCACUUCUCUGGGAACCACUGGCCGUUUGGGGAAAUCCCGUGCCGACUCACCGGCUUCCUCUUCUACCUCAACAUGUACGCCAGCAUCUACUUCCUCACUUGCAUCAGUGCUGACCGCUUCCUGGCCAUCGUACACCCCGUCAAGUCCCUCAAGCUCCGCAGGCCCCUGUACGCACACCUGGCCUGCGCCUUCCUCUGGGUAGUGGUGGCCGUAGCCAUGGCCCCGCUGCUGGUGAGCCCGCAGACCGUGCAGACCAACCACACAGUCAUCUGCCUGCAGCUGUACCGGGAGAAGGCCUCCCAGCACGCCCUUGUGUCCCUGGCUGUGGCCUUCACCUUCCCGUUUGUCACCACGGUCACCUGCUACCUGCUGAUCAUCCGCAGCCUGCGGCAGGGCCCUCGUGUGGAGAAGCGCCUCAAGAACAAGGCGGUCCGCAUGAUCGCCGUGGUGCUCGCCAUAUUCCUGGUCUGCUUUGUGCCCUACCACGUGCACCGCUCCGUCUACGUGCUGCGCUACCACGGCGGCGGGACCUCAUGUGCCACCCAGCGCGUCCUGGCCCUGGGAAACCGCGUCACCUCCUGCCUCACCAGCCUCAAUGGGGCGCUGGACCCAGUCAUGUACUUCUUUGUGGCUGAGAAGUUCCGCGAUGCCCUGUGCAACCUGGUCUGUGGCAAAAGGCUCUCCGGCCCGCCCCCCAGCUUUGAAGGGAAAACCAAUGAGAGCUCACUGAGUGCCAGGUCAGAGCUGUGAGCCCUUGGACGCCAGCCCUGGCCCCCAGUGCCACAGACUGUCCUCAGAAGGACCUCCCCACUCCACCCCAGGAUACACACCACCAGACUCAUGAAGGAGAAGCCCAGUCUCUCCAAGGGUGGAACUCAGCACCCAGUAACUGGUUCUGUCUUAUCUCAUGUACAAAUCCCUAAAAGAGGACACCCCUCCAUGGGACCAAUCAGCCACCCACCCCCUGCAGAGACUGUGCUGGCCCUGCUCACUUACAGUUACUGGAUACUCAGUGACUUCACCCCAUGGCAGGGGGGGCAAGGGGGCCAGAGGAACAGUUCCCAAACAAUGAGUGUCUUUCUUCCCCAAGGGCUGCUUGCUAGACUCCCAACCUCCUUCCCACCACGAAAAACACACAGCAGCAGAGCUCUGCAGAAAGAACCCCAGACGGCAGCUGCAAAUGACUGGAGAGAAGGGGAAUGUGGGAAUCCUGAUGGAGGGAAGGGAGUAUGGGUUUCCCAGGUGGCACCUUUGCCAGAUGACCCCUGAGUUCAGGGGACAUGGACGGUAACUUGUAACUGAGUGUUGUACGUACAUUUCAGGUUGGCCAGCAAAUGACAUCCAACAAGCACGGCCUUUGGGCUCCUCAUCUCAGCGCUGGGUCCUUGCUCACUGCGCAAGGCCUGACAAUCCCCACAGCUUCUCGGUAGCCUGAUCCCUCCUGAGUCAGCCGAGCAGCCGGCAGGGGUGGACAGACUGGGGAGCCGGGCUUUGUCCUCGUCUCAGGACACCUCCAGCAGGGAGCCCACGCCUGGCAUGGGACCCUGUGUCCCACUAACCAAGACCAGCAGCGAUGUGCUUUGCCUCCUGAGAGGCUCUCCCUGCCACGGUGGGUCCCAGGUCUCCUUUUGUACCUGAUCACACUGAUUGUAAACAUAACUGUACUUUUAGAUUCUGAAGGUUAUUGUGUUCAGUUGACAUAACUCCCUUCCCAGAACUUCUCCCUCCCACCCAAGAGUGGCAAAGCCGAGGUGAAGACUGGAGAGGCCAGGCAGCACGUGCUUUUGCCUCUGGAUCAGACAGCCCCCGCAGCCUGCCCCACGUGCACACUCACACUCUGCACCACAGGCCUCAGAGGGCGGCCCCGGGCAAGGAGGGUCUCUGCGGGGUGGCCACACUUUCUUCAUAGCAGCACCUUACUUCAGAGCGCCUCCAGCCUCUCCCGGGUUUUCCCAGCCUCUCCUGCCACAGGCAGCUCCAUGUGAGCUGGAGCUCAGGAGAGAGGACUCGCUCAGGCCCACACCUGGCGGGCAACCCCUGAUCGGCACAGGACCGCCAGGACACCACCUGCCCUCCACAGCCCCUCCUGUAGACAACGACAGGGGACCAUGCCCGGUGGCCCACAGACACCAAGACCGACACCAGGCAACACGCAGCAGGAGAAUGGGAGAGAUCACUGCAGGCUGCACCCAGAGCAGAUAGUUGGUGCAGUGGCAGAGAACAGAGAGGCAACAAGGGAGGAGAGGGAGGGGGACUCUCAGCUAGGGUGGGCGACCACCUUCACUGCGUGAGAAGACCUGCUGGUCAGCAGAGGAGAGACCAGGGUUUGGUUGGGGCCUGUUGACUUUGGGAUGCCCAGUGGGCACCAAGUGGUUGAGAACCCAAGGGAAAGGUCUGGAGUGGAGGUGGACAUCUGAGUCAUCCAGCGCAUGCAUGCCAGUCGGGGUUCUGGGACUUUGGACAGAGACGAGGCCCAGGUGCUGAGCCGCCAGCAAGCAAACAUGGAGAGACAGGUGGAGGGAGGUCAGAAGAGGAGAGGACCCAGCACAGCCACAAAGCAGGAGGAAACUAUGAGAACACAGGAUCCUGCGUGCCUGGAGAGGAGGCAUUUCAACAAGAAGAAAAGGCCGCCGUGAAGCCUGCUGAGAGGUCAAGAGAGGACCGUGGUGACCCGUGGGUCUGGCAAUGAGGAGGGAGGUCAUGGGGAUGGACCUGACUGGCAGUGGGGGGCACAUGAGAGGAGCCAGCAAGGGCACUGGAACAUGCCGCAGAUGGCCACAAUGGGAGGACAGCUCUGGGAGAAGCAGCGCAGACUGCAGCGGAGAGCUCCACUGGAGAAGGAGGAGCAGGGACAGGGCCUCCAUGGGGCACUGUGACUGAGGCCUGGGCAGCACCAGGGCAGGGAGCAGGAGAGCCUUCCCCUCGGGAAAGUGGUGGGGAGGUGCUCACUCUAGGAGGGUGGAGGGGAAAGAGACAGUGCAGGGAGAAAAGAGCCAGUCCUCCAGGAAGAAGGGAACUCAGUCUACAAAGGAAACUUAGCACAGAGUGCCAGAGUCAGUUCGGGCCCCCUGGCUGAGUGAUUUCUUUCCAGGAGCAUUUAGCCAGGGGCACAGGGAAGGAGGCAGGCAGCUCCGCUCAGCAGCAAGGGCUGGCCAGACAACAGUGAUGACCCAAAGCUCUUUAUCCAUCUACUGCCUCUGAUGGCCCCUGCUCCGGCCAGCUACCUCCUCACUGCCUGCUGUCAGCCUGCUUCUGGGAGCACGCCCAGGCCUGAGGCAGUCACCCUGUACUCUCUCUGGCCCAGCCCUCACCUAUAAACCAGGGGUCUCUCAGCUGCCUUGCAGAUGGGCCCAGGCCUUGCAGGGAGGCACUAAACAGUGCAUUUGGUGAGGGUCCACCUCCUAGACAGGAUCCGGCCCACCUCACCUGCCU